UUGUAUGGAAAUUUAAUCAAAAUAAAAUGGCAAGGAUCGAUUAUCGAAAUGGCUGAAGUAUUCUUUAGCUAUCAACCGCCAUAAUGGAAGAUAAAAGAAACGGAUUCGGUGAAAUUCUUCCAGUUCCUUCUCAUCUUUAUUCAAUAACUCGACUAAUGUUUAUGUAAAGAUCUGUAACUUCAUGCUGGCCGGGGAGCCAGGCUGGACUUUGUUGUACUCAAGAAAUAGACAUUUUUUAUACUGUGUCCUAGUUGUAUUGUUAGUGUGUUUGCAAGACACAGUGAUCGCAGAUGAAGAGCGAUGCUCGGAAUCAACUCUCAGAGACCACCUUCGAAAAUCCUUCAAAGUCCUAAAGCUUGGUCGUACAAGAAACAUCAGAUCCUGUAUUAACCUGUGCUGCUCGAGCAGGGACUGUGAGCUAGCGAUACUAAGAAAUUCGCGAUGUUACGGGAUAGCAUGCUCACAUCACGAUCUCUGCAGAGGAAUUGUGAACGGUUUAAGGAAGAAACGACACGAGAUAGCAAAACGAAGUAUCUCAGACACGGAUGAUGAUAUUCAAUCAGAUUUCUCUUACCACCCACGAAAUCAUGGAUUCUGCCGUCACAAAAGAGUCGUACCACAUCAAGUAUUUAUCGAAGGUGGACGAGGCGUUUCUGUUUUUCAUAAACUGGCCACAGAUGUGCGGAGUAAGAGGGAAUGCAAUGAGUAUUGCUGUCAUAGAAAAGAUUGUUCCCUGGCUUUUAUCCUGAGGGAGAAAUGUUAUGGAGUUAUCUGUCCCGAUGAUGGUGACUGUGAAUCUGGGGAGGAUAGAAGACUCCCAUUGCAUCUGGAGAUAGCUUUGAUUCCAAGAGAAGGAUCGACUGGAGAAACAAGUGGGAUUGGAUCAUCUUUGGACGCAGAAUCAUCAUUCAGUUUUAGAAGAAAGAAUCACCGCCAUAAUGAAGAACAGAGCGAAGAGAAUGACAACUUACAAAAAGAAAAGCAUUUAGAAACCUCAGCGUCUUCACAAGAUAGUUCAUCUCAUCUUCAUCACCAUCGUUAUUUUCACCACCACCGUGAUCAUCAUCACCACCACGCGGAAGAGCAGACAGGUAGCAACGAAGAAGAAAGACAACCAACGAAGUCAAAGACGAAGCAAUACAACAGUAACACAGUGUCUCACCACCAUCACUACUACCACCAUCACCACAAGUCGGACAUGAAGAAUGAUGACAGCCAUAUUUCAAGAGAUGAAGUCCACCACAAGAGAAGAUUGCGUCAUCAUCAUAAUGAAAGAAUGCGGAUAACUGGUCAUUCUGAAGGAAAGGACGGAAGAAACGACAGAAAUAAGGUACAUUUUGAGAAACACACGAACAUGAGAAGAAGAUAUCACAAACGCCCGCAUAGACAGCAUGCUGAUCGUAUUGAGAAGCUGAAAAGAAAGCAUCAUACUGCCCAUGACUCUAGUAGAAAUUCCAAGGAAAGAGGUGACAGCAUUCAAGAGAACUCAAAUAAACAGAUGAACACGGAGAGAAGGCGUCAUACGCAUGUUAGAAUGCACUCCAACAAUAACGAUGAAGAUAACAGAGAGAAUGAAGAAAAUAAAAACGAUGAAAUCAGAUCAAGGCACAGGCAGCUAGAUAGCGAUAGAAAAAUGGAUGAUGUUAGGUCGAAGACUCGCAGAAAACAUAAGAUAUUGAAACACCGUGUUUGGCAUCAAGAUGAAAAUGACGAUCAGGACGAAGAAGCCAUGAAUGACGAGGGGGAUAUUAUGGAGUCUGAUGAAAAUCACGAGGAGCAUUUACCUAAAAAACACAAGUCUAAGAAAAAUAAAGAGAGAGGUUUUGAGGGUGAAGAUGAACGAGCCAGAGACGAUGACGAUCAGGAGGAUGAUAUGAAUAGAGAUGAGGAGAGCCAGGGGGAAAAGAAAUCUUUGGUUGAAGGACAUCGCCAUGAACAUUCACAACCGAAGGAAAAGAGGCGUAGACUUCACGUUAAACAUGAUCAUGAAGAAGAAAAUGAUGAUGAUGACAGAGACGAUGACAGAGAGAGAUCAAGAAAGAUGGAUAAAGAAGAGCGUCAUUACGAUAAGGAGAGGAAAGAUAAUGACGAUGAUGAAGAAUCUGAUAGUAAGGAAAGGAAAGUCAUGGACAGCAACGAGAAGCAAGAUGAAAAUACUGAUGAUGGUAUGGAAGAUGAGAAGACAGAUGAUGAAGAUGACAUGAUUGAUCAUCAAAGAAAUCACCAUCAUCAUGAGCAUAAUCCAGAAGAAAAUGAUCGAAAGAAUGGCGAGACGGAAGAUGGAAACAUGAAUGAUCACGAAACGGAAAGAAAAGAGCGUCGAAAGAAACAACAGUUUAGAGAGACUGAUAACCAUUAUCAUCAUCAUUAUCAUCAUUCUCACGAGGAGGGGAAGAGCCGGGGACAAACUGAUGAAAAUAAACAAGAAAACGGUAAUGAAGAGACGAGGAAUGAUGAAAGAAAAGAACAUCACCAGAGAAAGAAAACUAAGAAGAAUCAUCGGCAACAGAUCGAUGAUAAGCAUUUUGAUGAUGAAUCAGAUGAUGAGAAUAUCUUGACUCAGGAACAUCAAUCUCGGAAAAAUAUCCAUGAAAAAACGAAGAAGAAGAAACAUCAUUCUGUCAGCAACGAAGACGAUGAGGAUAAUAAUGCUGGUGAUCAGAAAAAAUCGUCAAAGAAAAACACCAAAAAUCAUGAUUCCCCGAACGAUGAUGACUAUGAUUCGUCAGAAGAAAAGACGGAACCAAAGCGAAGAAAGAAAUGGGAAAAUAAAAUUGAAAAUGGUGAGAGAAAAAGCAAAGAUAAAGCAGUUGAGAGACAAACAACAGAGAAUGAUGGAGAGGAAAAUGACCACGUUAAAGUUGGAGAGUCUGUGAGGAAAUCUGCUGUCCAUCAUGAAUCCCACGAAGAUAAAGUCUUGGCAAAUGAAAAUAGGAAUGCUGGAGAUGAAUUUAUAAAAGAAGGUGAAUCUAGGAAGAGUGCGAGUGAUGACAAAACAAAUAAACACAAGCAAAACUACGAUGAGAUAAAUGACGAUGAUUCAAAACAGGAUUCAAAAGAGAGUGAUGAAGAUGAAAAGAUUAAACAUAAAGACAAUGAGUCCUCUGGGACGAACGAUAAAAAGAAGAAAGACAAAUCAUCAGAUGAUGCUGAGGAAACUCGUAGAGAGCAUAAAACUCGCUAUAAAGAGAAGGCUGAGGGUGAAAGGGUAGCAAAUAGAAAAGAUGAUAAUAAAGGUUCCAAAAGAUACAGGGAAGAGAAUGGCUCCAGGAAUAAGAAAAACGAACAUCGCCAAGAUGAUAUUAAACAUCAUGAUGACAAAGAAAACAAAUAUGAUUCUGAUAAUGAAAGGGAAGAGAACUCGGGUAGUAAGAAGCAUAAGAAACAAAACAGCGCAAAAAAUACCGAGAAUAAAAAACACAGAACAAGAGAUCACACAAAGGGGGAACAGCACCAUAAGAAAGCAAAACAUCACAGGGAGGAUAAUGAUGAGAAAAACAAGGAAGAACUUGACUCAAACGAAGAGAAAAACAGUGAGCGCGAUUCAAAGAAUAAUCGAGAGUCUAAAAAAUAUUACAAAGACAGUGACAAACUAACUGCUUCUGAUAGAGAUAACCACGGCGAUUCUGGGGAAAAUGAGGAUGAUGGACACGAAGUCAAGACUCAUAAGAAGAAAAACAGAGAAAAAAACAAGAAGAAAUUGAGUAGCUACCAUGAAUCAGAAAGGAAAGAAAGCAGUGACAAUCACAACGACAGAAAGAUCGAAAAGAUAAUUGAUGAUGAAGAUAAUAAUCAGAGAAAACUGGACAGUCAUCGUAAGGAUGGAAACCAUAAAAACAACGAUGGUAAAGCCAAAGAUUCUCGCAAGAAUCACAACGGAUCACACUCAAAUGAUUCGAAAAAAUUGGAUUUCGUAAACGACCAUAAUAAUGGUGGCGUUCAGGACGAACGGGAAAAGAAUGAAAGACUUGAUGAUGGAGGUAAGGGAGAGAAAUUGUCUGAAGAUAAACACAAGUCUAAUGUUCACAAAGAGAAAAAGACAAAUGGAAAGACAGGCAAGGAGAGUCUGAAACAUGAAGAUGAUAUUGAAGGUAAUGAAAGUAGGAAUAAUGAACACGAUGACGAAUCUAGAAGUGAACAAAAAAAUGAUACAAAUAAAAAGGAGAAUCGUAAAGAAAGGAAACAGAAGAAAAAAUUUCACAGCACCAGGGAUGGUCAUACACACACAAACAACAACUGGAAAGAUGGUACUUCUAAAGGUGAUGGGAAGCAUCAUAAAGAGAAGAAUGGUGAUGAUGAUGAGAAUGAGGUUGGUCAGGAUGAAGACAAAAUGAGUCAUGAUGAUGGUAAUGAGCAGAAGAAUGAAAGAAAGGAAAGUGGGGAGGAAAGUGGGGAGAAAAGCGCGGCGAACAGGAAGAAAAUCAACAACAGUAAUGAGGGGAAUGACACUCAUAGUAUUUCAGAAAAUGAUGAAAAGAAAGAAAAUGAAAACAACAAAGAUAUUGAUGGAGUUAGAAAGGAUCAUGUAGAACACGCUUUACCUUUGAAGAUUGGGAAGAAAGAGACUGACAGGAGAAACAAUGAACUUGUUAGGAAAACUACAAACAAAGAGAACAAGGAACGCUUGGACGAAGAUAAAAUACAAUCCCGCAGUGACCAAGCAAAGCACUUUAAACAUGGAGUCAAAAGCAAGUACGAUGGUCAGGAGAAAAGUAGACAGUUGGAAAAGAAAGUGAGAAGAACUGGAAAGAAGAAAGGGAUAAGAGUUCAUAAAGAAAAAGGUGGGAAUAUUGAGCGAAAGAUUAAUGCAAUUGAAGAACAUGGUGUGGAUGAGAACGAGGACAACACUCAAGCAACGUUUGAUGAUGGUGGUAAUAAAACGAUUCACGGUAAAGAACAUAAAUUGAAAAACAUUUCUAACGAUAUAGCAGACAUUAUGGACAGUAACGAGAAAUCAAACGCGGAUUACCCAAUCCACAAACCAUCGUUAUAUCAUAGUUUGAAGGAUAUAAAAAACAGCACAGAAAUGGAAGGGAAUAAUGAUAUCAUGAAAUCAAAUCAGAAUAACACGGACUCGAGAAAAACGGACGAAGAUGAGGAGAAAGAUAAAACAAAGUUCUUUAAUCAAGAAACUAAAGAAUGGAAGGAAAGCUAUAAUAGUGACAAUGUUGAUGAAAGUGGGAAAUAUUUCAAUCAAAGGACAAGAGACUGGUCAGAGCAUCAGGAAAAAACAACAAAGACAGAUUAUUUUCAUAAUUUGACUUCGCGGUGGAAUUUGGAUAACAAGACAAAGCCUUCGGAUUUUGGAAAGUAUUUUAACCAGAGAACUAGAACAUGGCUAGAUAAGAAAGCAGGUAGUUCAAAUGCUUCGAAUAAGAAUUCAAAGCAUUCUAAUGAGAAAUCAAAUCAUUCUAAUGAGAAAUCAAAUAAUUCUAAUGAAAAUUCGAAUGUUUUUAAUGAGAAUUCUAAUGAUUCUAAUGAGAAUUCAAAUAACACUAUCAAAAGUGGAGAGUUUAACCCAGCAAACACUCAUAAGUCGAUAAAAGAAGCAAAGAAAGCAAAGGAAAGGAUAUCUCGUAACAAAAAGAGUCAAAGAAGACAGAAACCAAGUGAUUUACUACACGAACAGAAACACAAAUUACAACCAAUAAUUCCGAAGAUAGGAAAGCCUUUAGAAUCAAAAUUAAUUGAUAACAAUAACAGAGUCUCUGGACGGUCAGAAGGUUUGAAGCCAAGUGGCACACGGCUACACAUCAAGCCUAAGAAUUUAACAAAUGUUAAAAGUACGCCACAGAAAUCGCAGAAUAUCGAAUCCGCUGAAGAAAAGGUGAAGAAUGAAAUUUUGAAAUUGAUCGGAGAAACCCCGUCAAAGACCUUACCACAGCAGAGGAAGUCUCCCAAUAUUGACCAGCACUUUCUAAAUAGCCAUGGAAGAUCUUCAAUGAAUAUAUCAACCCAUGGUGACAAGAUCUUCAUUACAAAGCCUAGGAUUGUUUCCAAACCAAAAACUAUUUUACUAAGUCCGAAUAAUACUACAAACACGACACCCAACCAGCGGCCAAAACAUUACGAAUCUCAAAGAAUUCUUCAUACAACUCUCCCACAUACACCUCGGAAACAAAAGGUUUUAAAGAGUUCCAAGUCCAACAACAUAAAUGCUAAGUCUAAGACACAAAUGAAAGUUCCAAGUCCCAAACAAACGCAGAUUACUCCUACACUUCCAAAGAACAAAAAGAAACUAGCUUUAAGACAGCCUCAAAAAACGAAAACCAGAAGGCCGUUGGCUUUUCCUGUCAGGCAAUUAAAACUACCAAAAGUCAUUAAGAAACCAAAGACACAGAAAGCACUGAACUAUUUGAGGCCCACGCUGCCGCCUGUUUUAAAAACAUGGAAAGACACUUUGACUUCUUCAUUCACCCCAACAGUAAGUAGCAUUGGUCAUCACUAUUACCAGAACUGGAAUAAACAGAAUGUCUUUGAUAAUGAGUGGAACAAUGCAAAAUGGAAUUCGUAUUACAACACGUAUGGAAGUAAUCCAAGUGUACAAACACCAGCCCCGAAGCCUGCAGUUGUUUCUUGGGAUAGCAGGACUUGGAGUACGAAUACUAUCAAUGCUUAUCCCAAUCGUGAGAGAGACAGCACAACUCGCCGACUACUACCUACAAUUCCACCGGACAGAAUUCCGAAUGGAGAUCGACAAACAAGUGGUAUUAAUAGCUACUUAAAUGGCGGCGGAGUGAAGGGAACAUCCCAAGGGAUGCGACCCGCAACUGUGGAUAAAAAAGGACAAUUAUCUUGGGACACAAUGGGCAGAAUGGGUACAAGUGGAACAAAUCAAGUCAAUGGAUUAGGAAAGAAACCCAGUGCGAUUAAACCAACAACAGGAGGUAUAAAUAGUCAUGGCAUGGAUAGAAGUGGUGGAAACACACCAUUGAAAGGAACAAUCGCAUAUCCAAAUCGAGGAGAAUUUCCUUUGAGCAAGAAUAAAGAAACGACAAUCAGAAUCAACAACCAGCGGAGUCAGAAGAUUCUCAACGGAGUAAACGUUGGCGGUAAUCCAGCACCAGCAGCCAAGGGGAAGAUACGAGGUAAAAGCACGCCAAGACGAAACCAUGUGUAUUAUAAUGAAAACAACCAAAGGAUCAUCAAGCCGUUAGUCAAUCAUACCUCGUCAAUGAUACCACGAAAGACGCCCACUGUUCAGCCAAUGCUGGACAAGUUUUUAAACCAAAAUAGAGUAUCAAGUCCUAGCAGGAUGCGGAAUUCUUCACAAGCAAGACAAAGUUCAAGACUAAUUCCAAAGCAGGUUAAAGUCUUGAGAAGUCCCACUGCACCACCUCGAAUCACAACGCAGCCAAACAGAGGAAAUAAAACUUGGUCUACAGCUGGUAUUCAUCAUCCAUUCAAAGUGAACAAGAUCGAACCUUUGCAUGGAGGAAUUUCAAACGAAAAACUUUACCCGAAGACCAAAGUUCCUAAAGGGUGUUACCCCGGAGAAAUUAUGUCCGAGAUGACACUAGAGAAUGGAUUAGACGCUGGAAAUUACACAAAUCUUGGAGUAACUGCACUUAUGGAUGGGUGUAUAAGUAAAUGUUGUGGAAUAAGCAGUUGUGAAGUGGCGAUCCAGAUGGACAAUGUUUGCUUCGCUCUGAAGUGUCACUCCAAGGAAUCGUGCAAGAUUAAAACGACAUUAGGAAAAUCAUCGCAUCAUAAACUGUGCUUUAUCUCAAGAAAGAAGAAAGAAAGACAAAAUAUAUUUGAUUUUGACAACGAUAUACUGGGAGAACAGGAUGUCUGUCAUGAAGAACAAGCAGUUGGUCUCAAAUGGGGAACAACAAAUGCUGGCAGUUUCCAUGAAAUACCGUGUCCGAAGAAAGCAAAAGGUUUAGCAAGACGAAAAUGUUCACUUGAAUCUCAUUGGCUUCUUCCUGACUUUAGUGCUUGUGUAUCGAACGAAUAUGAAAAUUUGUAUCGAAGGGCGAAGCGUUUGGUAUACGGUGAAGAUUCUAGCUCGCUUCUACGAAGUUUAACACUCGUGACCACAAGAACGAUAGAUAAUUCAUUAAUAUUUGGAGGAGAUCUGAAGAAGACCACGGAAAUAAUGACAUCAAUCAUCCAGGAACAGGGAGAAAAACAGGAUGGAAGGAUUAGCCAGAAAGAUCUUAAAAACUAUUUGACUAUAUGCAGUAACAUGUUGGAUGAUAGCAACAAGAACGAGUGGAGAAAUAUCCAAAAAGAUGGCAGAGGAUCUGCGGACCUUCUACGAGAUUCACAAACCUACGCAUUACUAGCGUCAUCACGACUUCCAGAGACACUAAACAAUGGCACGUAUCUGACUAACAACAUAGUUGUCCAGAUGAGUCACCACGAGCAAGGGUCAAUGGACAAGAUAUUUCCAGACUAUAAAAACACAGAUGUGGCGAUGUGGGAUGGAGAAAAAGACAACGUGAGGCUGCCAGCAUCUGUGUUUAGCAUCGGAAAUAUAAAGACCGUGACAUUCAGCUACAAAACAUUACCAGCACUUCUACCCACAAGUUCCAACGAGAAUUUCAAACAUUCCGAACCAAACUCUAAAAUACUCGCGACGAUCGUGGAGCCUGCGAUCCAAGACAAAAUAACACCAGCAGUCACAAUUACCUUACAUCAUCUUAAGCAAAACAGACAAAACCCGAAGUGCGUUUUUUGGGACUUCAACUUAAAGUGA